UGUCAUGUGACCGCGCUGUCUUGUGAUCUGGUGGAUGCAGGUGACCGGCGGGGCAGUGUGCUGGGUACCAGGACGGUGAUGGCUCUGCGGCUUCUUCCCGUCUUCUGCCUCGUCCUCCUCUCCCGGGAGGGCUGCGGUUACCCGCGCGUGCAGUUCCCGGAAGAGGGCGAUGUGCUGGACUCCGACGCUCUGUUCCUGGCGGCACAGGAGGGGUCCCCGUACGGCUCUCUGUGGCCGUUACCGCAGACGGUGGCGCUGUCCCCCAAUGUCUCCUACCUCCCCCCGGCUGAGUUUCAGAUUGUGCACGGUGCAGGCUCCUCCGCGGGGUCGACGUGUUUCGUGCUGCAGGACGCCUUCCGGAGGUAUUAUGAAUAUAUCUUUGGAUACUCUCCAUGGAAGAACAGUGGUGUAAAGGAUGUAGGUCCAUCAUCUGGGAGGUUGGUCCAGCUUCAGGUUAUUCUUACUUCUGAAGAUAAUGAAUGUUUUAUGCAUCCCCACAUCAAAUCAGACGAGUCUUACAAACUCGUAAUUGAUGAGGGUGGAGCUGUGUUACAGGCCAGUCAGGUCUGGGGUGCCCUACGAGGUCUGGAGACUUUCAGCCAACUAGUCUAUGAGGAUGCUGCUGGGCUGUUCCUUGUAAACCAUAGCCGAAUUGCUGAUGCUCCAAGAUUUGCACAUAGAGGAGUCUUGCUGGAUACAUCCAGGCAUUACCUGCCAUUAAAAACUAUUUUGCUGAACUUGGAUGCAAUGGCCUUUAACAAGAUGAAUGUUUUUCAUUGGCAUAUAGUAGAUGAUCCGUCCUUUCCCUACCAGAGCAUAGCUUUUCCAGAACUAAGUAACAAGGGAGCUUACCAUCCGUUGACACACAUCUACACUCCCACUGAUGUUAACCUGGUGAUUGAAUAUGCCCGCUUCAGAGGCAUUAGAGUCGUACCAGAGUUUGACACUCCAGGACAUGCGGAUUCAUGGGGUAAAGGGCAGAAAGAUCUUUUGACACCAUGCUACAAGGAUGGGCAACCCAGUGGAAUAUUUGGGCCUAUAAAUCCCAUUAUAAAUGAGACCUACAAAUUUAUACACGAUUUGUUUUAUGAGCUCAAUUUAGUAUUUCCUGAUAAGUAUAUCCAUCUAGGAGGGGAUGAAGUAGAUUUCUCUUGUUGGAAAUCCAAUCCUGAUAUCACGAAGUUCAUGAGUGAACAUGGCUUUGGCACAGAUUACCGUAAACUAGAAUCUUACUAUGUUCAAAAAAUAUUGAACAUAGUGUCAGAGUUCAAGAAGGGCUACAUGGUCUGGCAAGAGGUAUUUGAUAAUCAUGACCAGUUGAAACCAGACACCAUUGUUGAAGUUUGGAAGGAAAAGGAUUAUCAACAGGAGAUGGCGGCUGCUACGGCCGCCGGGUUUCAGGUCCUUCUGUCAGCUCCCUGGUACCUAAACCGCAUUUCCUAUGGUCAGGACUGGAUCGCAGCCUAUGGGGUUGAGCCAACAAAUUUUAAUGGGACCACCCAGCAGAAGCAGCUGGUGAUUGGCGGUGAAGCUUGUUUAUGGGGAGAGUUUGUGGAUGCUUCAAACCUCACGCCUAGAUUGUGGCCCAGAGCCAGCGCAGUUGCAGAAAGGCUGUGGAGUAACAAAGAUGUCACCUCAGUGGGGGAUGCCUAUUCCAGACUUAUCAAGCAUCGAUGCCGCAUGGUCGGGCGUGGAAUUCCUGCAGAGCCACUGUAUAUAGGAUACUGUGAGCAUGAAACCAAUUAUUAGACACAUGAAGCAAGAAGGAGGAAGCUGCAUUUUGGGAAAAAUAUAAUGUACCAAUCACAACAGGUUUUCUCUUUUUCAUCUUGUAAGGCUAGAAACGCACAUGCAGUUUUUGUGGCCGUGUAAUGAGGCAGAAAUGGAUUCAAAAGCAACAGGAAAUAUAAGGGCCCUUUCACACGGGAGAGAUUUCCGCGCAGGUGCAAUGCGUGAGGUGAACGCAUUGCACCCGCACCGAAUCGGGACCCAUUCAUUUCUAUGGGGCUGUGCACAUGAGCAGUGAUUUUCA